AUCCGACUUCUUUUUAAACUGUUUAAGUUUAGCAAAGUAGUUUAAAAUCCUUGCCGUUUAAAGAUAAAACAAAUCUUCUCGUUUUGUCAGUUUUCAUCUAUCUUCCGUCGAGAUCAGAAUGAAUUUAUUUGUAGUUUCUUUGCUGUUUCUAUUUCCAAUCAUUUCAAAUGGACUUAAGUUGUCCCAUGAAAUGAUAAAAUAUACUAUAUACUGUGGUGUUCGUGCUACUGACAAUGAAUUGAUUGCCCGUGUCGUCGGUGGUCGCGAAGCUGACCCAGGAGAAGUUCCUUUUUUCGCUUCAGUCGAAGAAAGCACAUUUUUCAACAUGUUUAAAUAUAAAAAGUGUGGUGGUGUUUUGAUCUCAAAUCGAUGGGUCUUGACUGCGGCCCAUUGUAAAAUGAGUUGGUUUGGAACCUUGCGAGUUGUUUUAGGUGAUGAAUUAAACAAUGAAACGAUUCCAGUAGAAAAAAUUUACGUCCAUUCGGAUUUUAAUCGUCAAACACUUGAAAACGAUAUCGCCCUUUUAUUAUUGAAAGAACCAGUUCAAUAUAGUAGGAAUAUCCAACCAAUCUGUUUACGGGAGCCUGGAGAAGAUGACAGUUUUUAUGGUCGCCACGGGACAGUGGCUGGUUGGGGAAGACUAGGGAGGCAAUGCAUGAAGAAUCCUUUUGUCAGUUCUCAUCCUCAUCUAUCUCUAGUCAAACUUGAAAUGAAUUCAUUCGUACCUCUUUUGUUGUUUACAUUACCCAUCAUCUCAAAUGGACUCCCAUUGUCUUAUAAAAAGUCACAAUCGACUUUCCAAUCUUAUGACAAUGAAUUGACUGAUCAAGUCUGUGGUCGCGAUACUAUCCCAGGAAAAAUGCCAUUCUACGCUUCAAUAGAAGUAGAUCAUUUAACCAAGCAUUUCAAAUUGUGUAAUGGUGUUUUGAUUGCAAAUCGAUGGGUCUUGACUCCGGCCCAUUUUAUAUUCAGUUCUUUUGCACCCAUACGAGUUGUUUUAGGUGACGAAUGGAACAACAAAACAAUUGGAGUGGAAUCAGCGCACUUCCAUCCGGAUUUCAGUCUUGAAAGACCCAUGCCCAAUAUCGCCCUUCUAUUAUUGAAAGAGCCAGUUCAGUUCAGUAGAAGCAUCCAACCAAUUUGUUUACCAGAGCCUGGAGAAGAUGAAACUUUUUAUGGUCGCUAUGGAACACUGGCUGGCUGGGAAAGACUAAAUCCAACAGAGAGAAAAUUACCUUCAAGUAUGCAUACAACCAGUUUGCCGAUCAUAAGAUCUGAAGAUUGUGAAAGAUUUUACGCAAAACCUAAGGUUAAUAUCACCGUUGUUAAUAAUAUCACCGAUUCCUUAUUUUGUGCUGGUUACCCGGAAGGACCAAAAGAUGCAUGUCCUACACUUGGUGAUCCGUUGAUGGUGAAAGUUCGAAAACAUUGGGUAAUUGCUGGAAUCACAGUGGCUAACAUGAGCUGUUGGAGAUCUCAUGCACUCGAUGCUUACCUUAGAGUUGGAUUUUUCUUGGACUGGAUUAAAAGCACAAUAGAAAAAUAUAAUAGUUGAAAUGUAUUCUGAAAUGAUUUGUAUGUUCACCUUUUUUCUUUGGUAAAUUAAAUAUAAUUUUCAAAAUAUGUUUUAGUCUGCCGUCUUGGUAUGCAAUCAAAAGCUCUUUUUCGGAAAGUGAUUCAGGAAGAUUUGAAAAUGCAUACUGUGAUAAUGGUUUAGGAUUUAAGGAGAUAAAUUUUAGGUUGAGCAUUGGGUAAUAUAAAAUCUUGAAGUCUUUAAAUCAUCUUUUGUGGUCGUAAGCGACGCGAGAAUAAAGGAAAAACUAAACCAAAGCUAGAA